AGUAGAUUUGACAUUUGUGUGAAGAGAUGAAGUGUGUGCUGUAACACUGCAGUCAAAGAUACAGUAUCGCUUAUACAAUGUCCCAGCAGACUCCAGCGGACUCCGAACGACCAGGACAUGCAGGAAAUUUGGGACCUUUAAGAAUGGACUACACUCCCACAGAAGAGGAGAGGAGAGUGUUCAGAGAGUGCAACCAGGAAAGCUUCUGGUACAGUUCUCUGCCCAUAUCUGUCGUCAGCAUGGCUGUCACUCAGUUGCUUAUUUCUAGAGGUGCUCUUAGUGCUUCUGGCAGAUUUGGAUCUUUGCCCAAAUUAGCUUUUGCUGGUUUUUGUGGCUAUGUUGGAGGAAAGAUGUCAUACAUGAAGAAAUGCAUUGAGAAGUUUAAGAACUUGGAGAAUUCACCUCUUGGAGAGGCACUGAGACAGCAACAGCGCCACCAACAUCAAAAGUUCACUCAAGAUCAGUCAGAGCUGAGUGAUCCAAACAAAGCUGAUUUUGAGCCUGCCUUUCAGCUUGAAGAUCAGAAGGAUCAGUCCUUCUCCUAUGACAGAGAUUUCACAUACUCUGACCCUAUGAUGACCUCAUCAACACAAAAUACAGCAUCCUCCAAUAACCCAUCACACAUUGAGGAGGACGUACAGGAUAGACGUGUUCUGUAUGGGGACCUGCGGAGUAAACACAGGGAAAACUAUGAAGUCACAAUGACUAAGAAAUCAGAGAUGCUGCUGAAGCCUUCUGAGAGGAGCUCGGUCACGAGAGGAAAGAAGAAUAUAUAUGGAGACAAUUGGGAGGAGUGAACGCUGCUUCAACACUUUUUCUCAGUGUGAACCUGAUAUAUUUAACAAUACAGAUGUGGAGCUGUCUGAGAGAUGUCUGUUGUGUGAAUUAAACGCUCAAUGUUUUUUUUAAACACGCACAGCUUACUGUGAUCUGUUUACAGCAUCAACAUUUGACAUACCCUGAAGACAGUAGUAAUGGUGCACUGUAUUUCUCACUUUGAUUGUUCAUCGUGAGAAACCCUUCAAGUCAGCAGCAAAUUUGGUCAUUGUUGCAAUCGUUUAAUGCUUGAGAGUCAUACACCCUUUAAACUAAGUAUGGGCAAUAAUUUGAAGACAGAGUUGUUAAAAAUAACACUUGGACAAUUAAAAAAAAUAUGGUGUAAAAAUAUAGUUAUUUACUAGUUGGCAGUUUGGCUAAGAAGAGAAUGCGAUAUUUUGUGUGUGUGUGUGUUUUACUAUAAAUCCACAAAGAUUAUGUUGCAUAAUGUUAACUUAAAUGUAUAAUCUGAAGCACAGCUGUGAUCUUUCUCUUGAAGUUAUAGUAAGUUUUUUAAGUGUCUUUGAAGUUGAUUUUAUUUUUACUUUUAAAUAUGUAAUAUGCAGCAGACAUCUUCACAUGUGGCUGAUGAAUCGUUGACAAAAGAGAAGUUUUCUGCCAGAGUUGGUUUUAUGGCUCCAUGAAAGCUAAAUAAAUAAUAACAGUAAUAUUUUUGCAAUGCAAUGAAAUAAAUGAAAAUGGAAUUAAA